GGGCCCGGGGGCCGGCCGCGGCCCUCGGGAGAUGGUGGGGGGCGGCCGGGCCGGUUGCGGGCCGCUUGCCUCGCCACGGGGUCGGCAGACCACGGCCCCGCGCGGGCUUUUACGGCCGAGACGGCGGCAGCGGCGCGUGUGUAGCGGCGGCGGCGGGCGGGAGCGCGGAGGAGGUGGAAAGAAGGGGGGCGCUGUCACGGAGACUGCGGCCGCCGGAGACCCCGCCGCAGCGAGGCCACUGGGCUCCCCGGUCGCGGAGCGUGAGCGCGCCGACCGGGGCGCCAGGGGGACACACCGGGCAAAGGAGGGGGCCUAUCUAUCCUUCCGCAUUUUCCUGGGUCUCUCUCCCGGGCGGUGACGUGACGUGCUGACGGCGGGCCCGUGCCGGGGAGCUGGGCCGCUUUUUGUCAGCUCCGAACUCGGCCCCUCCUCCCUCCCUCCGCCCGCCCCACCAGCCGGAGCCCGGCCCAGUGCUCCAGAGAAAGGCCGGCCUGCAGCACCCGCCACCGUCGCCGCCCGCCCGCACGCCCGUCCGGAGCUGUGACUGAUGAAAAUUAAAGGCCAUGGAUGAAGAUGGACUUGAAUUACAACCACAAGAACCAAACUCAUUUUUUGAUACAACAGGAGCUGAUGCCACACACAUGGAUGGUGAUCAAAUUGUUGUGGAAGUACAAGAAACUGUUUUUGUUUCAGAUGUUGUGGAUUCAGACAUAACUGUGCAUAACUUUGUUCCCGAUGACCCAGACUCAGUUGUAAUCCAAGAUGUUAUCGAGGACGUUGUUAUAGAAGAUGUUCAGUGUCCAGAUAUCAUGGAAGAAGCAGAUGUAUCUGAAACAGUCAUCAUUCCUGAGCAAGUGCUGGACUCAGAUGUAACAGAAGAAGUGUCUUUAGCACAUUGCACAGUCCCAGAUGACGUCUUAGCUUCUGAUAUUACUUCAGCCUCAAUGUCUAUGCCAGAACACGUCUUGACGAGUGAGUCCAUACACGUGUCUGACAUUGGACACGUUGAACACGUUGUUCAUGAUAGCGUAGUAGAGGCAGAAAUCGUCACUGAUCCUCUGACAGCCGAUGUAGUGUCAGAAGAAGUAUUGGUAGCAGAUUGUGCCUCAGAAGCAGUCAUAGAUGCCAACGGGAUCCCUGUGGACCAGCAGGAGGAUGACAAAGGCAACUGUGAGGACUACCUUAUGAUUUCCUUGGAUGAUGCUGGCAAAAUAGAACACGAUGGUUCCUCUGGAAUGACCAUGGAUGCAGAGUCAGAGAUCGAUCCUUGUAAAGUAGAUGGCACUUGCCCUGAAGUUAUCAAGGUGUACAUUUUUAAAGCUGACCCUGGAGAGGAUGACUUAGGUGGGACUGUAGACAUUGUGGAGAGUGAGCCUGAGAAUGAUCAUGGAGUUGAACUACUUGAUCAGAAUAACAGUAUUCGUGUGCCAAGAGAAAAGAUGGUUUAUAUGACUGUCAACGACUCUCAGCAAGAAGAUGAAGAUUUAAAUGUUGCUGAAAUUGCAGAUGAAGUUUAUAUGGAAGUGAUUGUAGGAGAGGAGGAUGCUCUGCCGCUGCAGCAGCCGCUGCCGCCCAAGCAGCAGAUGGAUGACAACGAAAUCAAAACCUUCAUGCCAAUAGCAUGGGCAGCAGCUUACGGUAAUAAUUCUGAUGGAAUUGAAAACCGGAAUGGCACUGCAAGUGCCCUCUUGCACAUAGAUGAGUCUGCUGGGCUUGGCAGACUGGCUAAACAAAAACCAAAGAAAAGGAGAAGACCUGAUUCCAGGCAGUACCAAACAGCAAUAAUUAUUGGCCCUGAUGGACAUCCCUUGACUGUCUAUCCUUGCAUGAUUUGUGGGAAAAAGUUUAAGUCGAGAGGUUUUUUGAAAAGGCACAUGAAAAACCAUCCUGAACACCUUACCAAGAAGAAGUACCGCUGUACUGACUGUGAUUACACUACCAACAAGAAGAUAAGUUUACACAACCACCUGGAGAGCCACAAGCUUACCAGCAAGGCGGAGAAGGCCAUUGAAUGCGAUGAGUGCGGAAAGCAUUUCUCUCAUGCUGGGGCUUUGUUUACUCAUAAAAUGGUGCAUAAGGAAAAAGGAGCUAACAAAAUGCAUAAAUGUAAAUUCUGUGAAUACGAGACAGCUGAACAAGGGUUACUGAAUCGCCACCUUUUGGCGGUCCAUAGCAAGAACUUUCCUCAUAUAUGCGUGGAGUGUGGUAAAGGUUUUCGUCAUCCAUCAGAGCUCAAAAAGCACAUGCGAAUCCAUACUGGCGAGAAGCCGUACCAAUGCCAGUACUGCGAAUAUAGGUCUGCAGACUCUUCUAACUUGAAAACGCAUGUAAAAACUAAGCAUAGUAAAGAGAUGCCAUUCAAGUGUGACAUUUGUCUUCUGACUUUCUCAGAUACCAAAGAGGUCCAGCAACAUGCUCUUAUCCACCAAGAAAGCAAAACACACCAGUGUUUGCAUUGUGACCACAAGAGUUCGAACUCAAGCGAUUUGAAACGACACAUAAUUUCAGUUCACACAAAGGACUAUCCCCAUAAGUGUGACAUGUGUGAUAAAGGCUUUCAUAGGCCUUCAGAACUCAAGAAACAUGUGGCUGCCCACAAGGGUAAAAAAAUGCACCAGUGUAGACAUUGUGACUUUAAGAUUGCAGAUCCGUUUGUUCUAAGUCGCCAUAUUCUCUCAGUUCACACAAAAGAUCUUCCGUUUAGGUGUAAGAGAUGUAGAAAGGGAUUUAGGCAACAGAAUGAGCUUAAAAAGCAUAUGAAGACACACAGUGGCAGGAAAGUGUAUCAGUGUGAGUACUGUGAGUAUAGCACUACAGAUGCCUCAGGCUUUAAACGGCACGUUAUUUCCAUUCAUACAAAAGACUACCCUCACCGUUGUGAGUACUGCAAGAAAGGGUUCCGAAGACCUUCCGAAAAGAACCAGCACAUAAUGCGACAUCAUAAAGAAGUUGGCCUGCCCUAAUAAUACUUCGGCAGACUUUUGUAGAGAUGUUGGCUUUGAAGCAGAAAAAUCAUUUUAAAAGCCAGUCAGUCUCGUUCACAUACAAUACUGUAUAUUGAUUUAUGCUGUGUACAAACAGAUUUAUUGCUUUUAGUUGACUUUUUUUUUUUACAUUUUGUUCAAUAGUGUGUUCUGAAUUCUAUUCAGUUUGUUUAAUAAAUGGGGAAAAGCAGCAACAAGCAAGUUGCUUUUAAUAAAGUACUCCCUGAUUCUAUACUGAAUUUUUCUAUCUUAGAAGUUUUAUAUUUAUUUAAAUAUUUACCUUGCUUACCUUGAUGGUACUCUUCUAAGACCAUUUAACUUAAAGUUGACGUAAUUUUAGAUUGGUAACUCUGAAAGUACUCAUGUUGACUUAUUUUUUCCCAUAAAUUUCUCACAAUAAAAUUGUCAGAGACAUCUACUAACAUAAACGGGAGAUUUUACGGUCAGGUCUAAUUAUCCUAACAUGGAAGUCAUUUACUCUUCUUGUUUAAUAUUUUCAGACCACGUGACAAUGAAAGUUUUCAUUCGAGCUUUUGCGUCCCUGGCAUUGCUGAGUGAAGAGCAGUGGCUGGGUUCGGGUUUACCUUUCGUUUUGUUCAGCAGACAAAAUAUCCUUUCAGGGGGGUGCUUUCUUUGGAGUAUUUACACCUUUUGUCAGCAUAGCAAACUUUUAGAAAACUUUACUGAAAAUUUUUGCCUGAUCCUGUUGUAUUUUGUCUGUGCUGCUUUGUGUUGGAAUGAUUGUGUGCUACAAAUGAGACUUACUGAGGACUGCAUUUGGAAUCUCCUAGAGGUAAUUCGUGGCUCAUAGGAUCUUUUGCAACUUUAUAUAUGUAAAUGUACCCUGACUUAUGUAUAUGCACAUAUAUAUGACAUGUAUCAUGUGUAUCGUGUGUAUUGCUUAUUUUACAUAUUUAUACACACAAUCCCAAUUAGUAGUUGUUUAAAAUCUAUAAUAAUGAAAAGUAUUAAAUUUACAAUAACAUGAAAGAUGCAGGGAUGCAUGAGAGAGCAUUUUGUAAAUCAUGCUCUUUGGAGAGACUACUCAGGUGAAGAAUUAGAAGGAAAAUAAGGACACUAGUAUUUUUAAAGAGUAAAGGUAUUUUCUUUUAAAUAUCUUUGGUAACUGAAAAAUAGAACUUAAGAUGUUUCUACAUAGAAUGUUUUCAUAUAACUUCAGCUUCAUGCCUUUAUAUUUUUCUGAAAAGCUAAUGAGUAUCCAGAUAUAUACUCCCUCAGUUCUCUCUGAGAAGCCCGUGAGGGGACUCUGUGUCACCAAGUGAGGGGACUAAGGAAGCAGCGGUUCCAUGUACCACAGAAUGGGUGCUAAUUACGACUUCCACUUGGCAAGUUGAGACUGCUCAUUACUUCUCCGUUACAGCUAGCAGCCUUUCAAAAACGUAACACUCACGUUGGCUUUGAUUAGAAGGUAAAGGUGUAUUCUCAGUGCAUGAGAAAAUUUUGAGGCCUUAUUUGGAAUAUCACCAAGUCUUUCACAGUUGUGUUUUUCUUUAGCAGUUAACUUUUUUUUAACAAAUAGAUAUGAUUCAGGUCAUAAAUACAUAGAAUGUACUUGGUUACUUAGAAUUUGGUUAAGGUGAAUUUUGGAGAACAGAAAAUAGGUUUUGGGGUCUCACUUCCCUGGUGGCUCAGAGGUUAAAGCGUCUUCCUGCAAUGCAGGAGACCUGGGUUAGAUCCCUGGGUCGGGAAGAUCCCCUGGAGAAGGAAAUGGCAACCCACUCCAGUACUCUUGCCUGGAGAAUCCCAUGGACGGAGGAGCCUGGUGGGCUACAGUCCACAGGGUCGCAAGGAGUCGGACACGACUGAGCGAAUCCUUAGUACAUUGGCUGUUGACACAUGAGUAUCUGGCACAUUGUGGGAGAUUUUGGAAUUCUUUCCCCACUUGUUAGCUGCCUUGCCACUUCAUUAUGGUGCUCUAUCCCCUUUGUGCUAUUAGGUUUUUAGCUUUCAUCUUUGUCUUUGCCAUUGAUACGUCUUUGCAAGAGUUAUAUUUUUAGGGUUAGAAAUCUAAUAGUGUUUUGGCAAGCCUCUGAAGUGCUAGACUGAUUGGUCCAUUUCUAAAUCAAGUGCUUUAGGCUGGUACAAACACCAUCUUUGAAUGCCAGUGAAAGCCAAGGCAUAGAAAUGCCUGUGCCCUUUUGCCCCCCGUAACGUGCUUUUUUUUUUUAAGUAACUAACAAUUUCGUGAUUCAUUGCCCUGCAGUACAGUUGAAAGCUCUGUCUGUUUUUUUGUGAGAACCUUUAAAAUCUCCCUUAAUUUCUAUUUUUCCCACAAAUAAUGUAAAAGAAAACACUUAAAGUAGAAAUUUGUUAAUUUUAAAACAUCCUGUAAAAAUUAAUACAGAAAAUAUAAUUGGUCAUUUAUAUUUUUUUAAACUAACUGAAAGAUAAAGAACACAACAAUUUACACACUUUAUAUUUCUCUUACACGGUCUGGAAUCAUACACCGUUCUUUUCUUUUUAAAGCACAAUAUUGAAACCUUUAAAAGGUAUUUAAGGGUUUGGUCAAGUGAAUAUGAUAAAGUGUAUUUGUCUGUAUAAAGAGAAACUGAAAUCGUAGUCACUGUUAUGUACUGACAUUAGUUACAACCUAGUUUUAAUUCUUAAAACGAUUUUGAUUAGCAAAGCUAAAAGGAUGUUUCAGUUAAAUGUUUUAAAGAGGUACAGAUUUUUACAAGGACAUAAUAUAAGUUAUUGUUCUGUAGAAAUAUCCUAUUAAAUAUUGUAUGUCCCUCCCUCUGUACACUUUGUAAAAAAAGUAAAAUACAUAAAAAGAAAAUCAUAUAGGGAUGUGUGACAUUAUUGUAAUUGUGUACUUGAGAAUAACGUGCAAAAAUAAAAAUCAGAAUAUUUUCCUGUUAAUGUUUAGUCUAUUUGAUACCAGUACUAAGUUAAUGCUUUUUCUUAAGGAAAAAAAAAAAUGUACAGUUUUUGUAAACCCAAUAAACAUCAAAAGCAGUGGAUUAUUUUCCUUUCCCCAUUUCUUAAUUCCUUACAUGCCGCAGCAGAAUGCACAAUGCUUGAUCGCUUUGAAUUUUGUGACUUGGAUUUAAAUACUACUAAUAUUUCAGUUCUGCAAAUUUGCAAGUAACAUUUCAGAGAAGUUAAGAGGUGAUUGGGAAGUCCUUUGAUGAGCAUGUCCUUGAAAUUCUUAUUUACUUUUAUCUUCAUAAAGGAUUUGUUUUAUUAGCAUCUCUAAUUCCCCCAAGAUAAAUUUCCCCAUGCACAAAAUGGUUUUUGAGAGCACUUACAGUUUACUUCAGCAUCAGUCCAAUAGCACAUUUAGUCAGUGGGGUUGUCCGCACCUCCACAGCAGAAUCCCUGCCCUAGAGUUACCCCUUUGUACACAGUUGGAAGGCUUUAGUAGACAUUAACAUCCUAGAGAACGGUCAUUGUUAUAAUAAAAAUCAGAAGUCAGGUAAAAGUUAUCAGGAGUCAGAAGAAAAUAAAACAGAUUUGAGUCAUCUUUGAUUUUUAAAGAUGAGAUCUUACAGUUAUGUAACUGUUGGAACAAGUGUUUCUCUAAUAGUUGAAACACUAAUCAAAAUUUGAGGUAAAUGAUUAAGAAGAUAGGUGAAUGUCACUGUCUAGAGCCAUAAAAAAGACAAAACCACGCCAUGCUGAAAAACAAUCACAAUAGAACCCCUGAUGGAUAACAUCUUACUUGUCUGAUCCCAACCACAGACAAUGUAUUGCUCUCUUCUCUGGGAACCUCAGUAUUAACAAUUUCCUUUAUUUCUCACAAAUUCUAGGAUUCAUGUAAGGAAAAGCUUUAUGAGUAGUUGAAAUCUUACAAGGGUGAUAGUACAGGGCAGUGGUUUUGAAAGUGUGGCCUGGUAGCGGUGGUGGCAUUAUUACCUGGACUUUGUUAAAAAGAUGCAAAUUCUCAGCCCCACCCUAGAUUGAAUCAGAAACUGGGUGUGGGACCCAGUCAGUGACCUGUGUUUUAACAUGUCUUAACAUAUGACUUUGAUGCAUGCUCAAGUUUGGGAAGCACUGCUUUAGAGCACUUGAGGAACUUUAUAAAGAUUACUGGUGCAUUAAUUUUAUGUAGCAGACAACACACACACAUGCCCUAGAAGGAAGCAGUGAUGGUGAAAUGGGACUCAGUUUAUACAUUCACUUUCAUACCACUUUAUACCCCUUUUGAAAUGUGAGCCUGUCAGUAAGUCUAUCUUUUAGUAUACAUGUAAAUAUCCUGUAUGUACUUCAUAAAUCUUGUAUGGUCUCCCCAAAGUUACAUUCCUCAAAAGUAAAUAGAAUUCAGAGGAAGGUUCAGCAAGUAAAAAAGGCUGAAAAAAGUGUGUGUUGAAUUGGCCCAGCAGUACUUAAGUAAUUCAUAUCUGAAAAACCAUUUUGCCACAUAUGCAGCUGUUAAGGUCACAUUAAGUUUGCCCUUUUGGAUUUUGUUUUAUCUUUUGUGUAUGUACUGUUUGCCUUUUUCAUAAAAUAACUCUUGGAUUUGUUAUAUAUUGUUCCUGUUAUUUUUGACACCUUUGCUAUUGUAAAUAAAUUCCUAUUUUUAAGUUA